AUGGCGGACUCUGUGUCGUCGCCGCCCAAGGCUAUCCACACAAUCGUGUUGGAUGCCGGUCCCAUCCUCAAAAAUACCCCGCCGCUCUCGACCCUACUCGCCCAAUGUGAGGAACUUAUCACCACACCCUCUGUGCUUGCCGAGAUUCGCGACCCCGACGCUCGCCUUCGUGUUGAGACCUUGUACCUUCCAUUCUUGAAGCAGCGCUCCCCCAAACCCGCAAGCUACAAUGUCAUCAGCGAAUUCGCCCGCAAGACUGGUGAUCGCAGUGUCUUGAGUCGGACCGAUAUCGAGGUGCUGGCGCUUGCCUACGAGAUCGAGUGUGAGAGCAAUGGAGGUGAUUGGCGAUUGCGCAGCGUCCCCGGACAGAAGCGUAUCAACGGAAGACCACCUGUGAAGGAGGAAGAAAAGGUGGAGGGAGCUGAGACCGACGGUGUCGAGGCAAUUACCGAGGGUGUCCAGGAGGCUACUGUCACGGACACCGUGGAGGAGCCCAAGGAGGAAGAGCCUGCCACUUUGCAAGAAGAUGCGUCCGCGACCGAGGAUGCCGUUGAGCCCGCGACGGAGAUUGCGCCCACAACCGAGGAUGUCACUGAGGCUGCGGCUGAAGAGAAUACCCCGGAGGAGGACCUAAAUGAGGAGGGAGAAGAUGAUGCCGCCGAUUCCGAUGGCGGAGAAUGGAUCACACCCACCAACUACAAGCAGCGGCUGGCCCGCGACGACGGUGCCGAUUCUGCGCCGGAGGUCAAGGUGAUGCAGGUCGCCACCAUGACCACCGAUUUUGCGUGUCAAAACGUUCUACUGCAGAUGAACCUCAACCUGCUGUCAACGACAACCUUGCAAAGAGUUCAGCAUCUUAAGACCUUUAUCAAGCGCUGCCACGCUUGCUUCUCCACUACUAAGGAGUUGAACAAGCAGUUCUGUCCUCGUUGCGGCAAAGACACACUCACUCGUGUUUCGUGUACCACUACUGCUAACGGCCAGUUCAGCAUGCACUUGAAGAAGAAUAUGCAAUGGAACAACCGAGGCAACGUCUUCAGUGUCCCCAAGCCCACCCACGGCAGUUCCAACGGAAAGUGGAAGGGAGGCGGUGGAAAGAACGGCUGGGGUCAAGAGCUCAUCCUCACUGAGGAUCAGAAAGAAUACACUCGAUCGACCGCCGAGGAGGAGCGCCGCCAGCGUCGUGAGCGUGAUCUCAUGGACGAGGACUACCUGCCCGGCAUCUUGACUGGUGAGCGGAACAAGAUGGGCGGCCGCGUGAAGGUUGGCGCCGGUCGCAAUGUCAACUCCAAGAAACGUUAA